AUGAUUCGAUCUCGAUGUCUCAUCAGAAACUCCCACACCUUCGUAACUUCCCCCAUUUUCUACGCCAAUGCAGAACCCCAUAUCGGCCACGCCUACACUGCAGUUAUGUGUGAUACUGCUCAUCGAUGGAAUGUUUUAAAAAAUAGCAAUAAUCAGAAUUCGGAUUCAAGAGCUUUGUUCUCUAUUGGAACUGAUGAACAUGGUAGUAAGAUUUAUCAAGCAUCUCAACUGGCUAAAAAGACGCCGAAAGAGUUCUGCGAUCAAGUCUCGUCAAAGUUCUCGAAUCUGUUUGAAAACCUGAAUCUAUCCCAUACACACUUCAUACGAACCACAGACUCGAAACAUUCAGAAGCCGUUCAAACCUUUUGGAAGACACUUUCAAGCAAUGGAUAUAUCUAUAAAAGUAGCUACUCCGGCUAUUAUAGUAUCACCGAUGAAUGUUUUAUUCCGGAAAAUGAGGUGGAGAAGAGGAAUGACAAGAUGGUAUUGAAAACGACAUCACAACCAGUUGAAUGGAUCGAGGAAGAAAAUUAUAUGUUUCGAUUGUCGGAAUUUCGAGAAAAAGUGAAGGAAUGGAUUGAGAAAACAGAUGUUGUGUAUCCGGUCAAGUAUAAAACAUUAGCGUUGGAUAGUUUGACGAUGGAAGAUGAUUUGUCGAUUUCAAGGACAAGAAGUCGAUUAUCAUGGGGAAUUCCGGUACCCGACGAUCCUUCGCAAACAAUUUACGUUUGGCUGGAUGCUCUUGUUAAUUACCUGACAGUCUCUGGUUAUCCUCAAAAACAAUUUGUCUGGCCACCAACUUGUCAAAUCAUCGGAAAAGAUAUCACAAAAUUCCAUCUAUUCUACUGGCCUGCUUUCCUUAUGGCAGCUAAUUUAUCACUCCCGAAAAAAGUUUUCAUCCAUGGUCAUUGGCUAGUAGAUAAUGUAAAAAUGUCAAAGAGUUUGGGGAAUGUUGUGAACCCGAACGAGGCAAUGGAUAAAUUCACUUCAGAAGGUCUCCGUUAUUUUCUGUUGAAACAAGGAAAUCCAAGUAGUGAUUGCAGUUUCAGCUGGAGUAGCUGUCUGGAAAUGAUUAACAGUGAUAUGGUGAACAAUGUUGGAAAUCUUGUUAACCGCAGUACUGUAGCGAAGAUCAAUAAAUCUGGAGAGUAUCCAAAAGUUGAAUCAUUGGAAAGUAAAGUUAAAGAAGAUACGGAGAAACUGAUGGAAAUGUUGGAAGAAAGUUACGAGAAGUGCAUUGAACUAUACAAUGAGAUGAUGUAUUAUAAAGUAAUUGAGCAUUUAAUGCUGAUUAUGAAAGAAGCAAAUCGAGUAUUCCAAUUGAGCCAGCCAUGGAAAGAGACUAAUUCAGAACGUUUGGAAAGUGUACUUUAUGUGACUUAUGAAACAAUUCGAGUUGUUUCUAUUCUUCUACAACCAAUCACUCCUAAAAUGGCUGCAUUUUGUUUACACAGAUUGGGAGUAAAACCAGACAAACGAAGUCUAGCAGAUGCAAAAAUUGGAUGCUACAGUGGCGGAAAAUUGGGCAAGGAUCGAGGAGUUUUCAUCGAAAGAAUUCAAAAAUAA